GUUAUCCGAGCAAAGGUUUUGUUUCAAGAGGAAUACCUCGACAAUUUUACUCGUAUCUUCGACCUCCGCAUCCUGAAAACAUAUAAAGGAGAACACCGACUCCAUGAGAUGGACAGCGUCAAUGUUUACGGCUCGAGACAGCGAAGCCUUUUUGCCAAAGCUUACACCUUUACUCUUGAUAGCCUGUGCGGGGUCAAACUGAAUAACAACAAAGUGUACCUCAUCUCAGGCCAGGUCAGGAAAAGAAAGCUAGAGCUCAAUCAGUGUCACUGGAACCAAGAAUGGCCUCAAAUCACUGUGCGCCAGCGUCUUGGGGUACGGCGGUUUUACCGAGGAAACUGCGCCUGUCAGAUCUCGCCGUGUUACACUGUGUUUUGUGACAAGAAGCCGAAGCUAAAGGGGUGUGGUAAGCCUUCUGGAAUCGAUCACAACAGCUGCGAAUGGGGUCAUUCCUACUGCAUUCAAAAUGCUGAGAAAACCGCAUGCUCUUGGCGUAAAACCAGUCACUACAAGAGCUGCAUCACCAAAGUGAAACCAUAGGAACUGAACAAAGAACAUACUAUUUGCAAAAAAACUACAACGUUAGUUUUAGACUUUUAGAAAAAAAAAUAACGCACAAAAUGCCGAGUAUGGCUGAUAGAUAUUUUCAUUAACCUAAUGAAGUUUUUCUCGAUCUUUGUAUCAUGAAUGGCAAAUUUUUGCCAAGAUUAAACCAAACAUUUUUAAAGGAAA